GUCCGUCAUUUCAGACACGACACCACGGGCGAAAGCAACUCAGGAGUCAGUGGAUUGUCAGCCUCAGGUCCAUGAGCUGUCAGCUUCAGCGCCCAGCAACAAGCUCCCCGCCUCGGCGAAACCCAGGGGUGCUUUCGGUAUCUUUCCCCAGUGGCGAUACCGAGAAAGAAGAUUCAAGCCAGUGUUGAUUAGAUGAAGAUCUUCGAAGUGGGGCGGAGUUCUUUAUUCCACAGAUUGCGCAUGAGCAAGACAUCUCACCAUGUUUUGCCCUCGUUGCUCUGGUCCCACCCGCUCGUCCUCGUCCUGGUCCUCAGCCUCGGACUGACACGAAGCUCGCCCCCUGUCGUGAUGCGGGGUCUAUUGCCAAUUUUCUUAUCUCUCACCACCACGCGUCAGUGGAUGCGGCUUCGAAGUCCCGGGAGUUUGAAUUUCCUCGGGGCGGUUCAAGGGCUGACAGAGGAUUUCGAUUUUUUGAUACGCGCGAGAUGCGCCUCGAUAUCCGUUAUCAGCAAGCCGCCCCAUCGCAUCUGCAUAAAAAACGCGCGCGGGAUCGAUGAGGGGUUGUCGCUGAGAGUCCGUAUUUCCCCAACAAUGCGCGGCGUAGUCCAGCUUCUGUCCCUCGCGUCUCUCGCGCCCCUUGGGGCCUUGGCCGGCCCCCACGCUCGUCUGCGACACCCGACAGUCGCCUACACGUCUCGCAAGAGCGGGCACGGGCCCUUGUUUGAAGUCCUGGCUGCUCAGCCCGUGGAAUCCGAGCCCGGAUUCAGCCCAACGGCAGCCGCGCCCAAGGCAAACCCGUUCCUCUCCCUCACGAACGACGAAGCCGCGAGUAUCGUCGCUUUCUUGCACAACCAGACGGCACUGAACUUGACCGCGGCCACGGAUGCCGGUCCUUGGGACAACGCGAUCGAGGUGCUGGAUUUGGUUGCACCGAAUAAAACAGACGCACUCGACUAUCUCGACCGCUCCGGACCGCUGCCUGCCAGGUAUGCGGUUGCCAAAAUCAUGUUUGGGGCCACGGAAGAGCCAUAUCUGCAAGACUUCAUUGUCGGACCUCUUCCGAUCUCCAAUACCUCCACCUACGAGAGUCUGGACUGGAGCACGACCAAGGGGACGUCCAAGAUCCGGAACUACGAUGCUGACUCAAGCCUGAAAUCCGAGUGGCUCUACAACGUCUCGACCCCUCUUGCUGACAUUCUCCUCGACCUGUUCAACGCUACACUCGACGAGCUCGACAUUUGGGGAAUUGACCCGCUGUGGAAGGAGAAGCUGCCUAUCACAUAUACCGACAAGCACGGCAAGGAGAAGGUCAAGAACGAGGAGCGGAUUGUGGCCUGGAAUACCUUCUGGCGCUACCCCACGGGCGAAAACGCGGUAUUUGACGGCGAGACGCUGUUGCCUCAAGGCCUGUUCUUCAAGGCAGAUGUCACAGGCCGUGACCCCAGCCAGUGGAGGGUGCUGGGAUGGCUGUAUGGAGACAUUUUCUACUCGACAACAGCUGAAUUCCGCUCCGCCUGGGAGAAGCCUGACUUUGUCAAGUACGAGAUCAACCAGAGCGGAGACUGGGUUGGGUCCGAUCGGGUGGGAACACCCUUCCCAGGGGACACUCUCCCUGCACCGAUUCUCGUUCAGCCGAGUGCUCAACGGUUCUCCGUUGACGAAUCUCAGCGCUACGUCGAGUGGAUGGACUUCUCCUUCUAUUUGACGUUUACGAGAGACACCGGACUCCGGCUGUACGAUAUCCGUUACAAGGGAGAGCGGAUCAUCUACGAACUUGGCUUGGAGGAAGCUAUUGCUCACUAUGCUGGCAAUGACCCCGUGCAGUCCGGUACCGCUUACUUGGACACGUUCUACGGAUUUGGAACGUUCGCAUUCGAGCUUGUGCCUGGGUUCGAUUGCCCGUCGUAUGCGCAUUUCUUGAACGGGACUUUCCACGCUGGAGAGGUCUCCACCACCCACCGAAACAACAUCUGUCUGUUCGAGAGCGACCCGGGCUACCUCAUGCAGAGGCACUCGUCGAUGAACUACCUCUCGCUCACCAAGAACAUCGCGUUCACCGUCCGCUCCGUGUCGACUGUGGGCAACUACGACUACAAUUUCGACUACAUCUUCACCCUUGACGGUGCGGUCGAGACUGUUGUGCGCGCCUCCGGAUACAUCCAGUCGGCAUACUAUGCACACAACUCCGAGUACGGGUACCGCGUCCACGACAGCCUGAGCGGAUCGAUGCACGAUCAUUCGCUGAACUGGAAGGUUGACAUGGACGUCCUGGGCACGGCGAACACGUUUGUCAAGCACAAGAUCGCGCCUGCAGAGGUCAAGUACAGCUGGAGCAACGAGACACGCAAGACGAUGAAGCUCGAGAAGGUUAAGGUCAAGAACGAGGAUCAGGCCAAGUUGUACUGGCCCCGGAACGGAGCCGACAUGUUCAUCGUCGAGAACCUCGACCCCUCCAAGGCUAACAAGUACGGCGAGGCCCGCGGCUACAAGAUCUCUCCGUCCCGCGGUGGAUCGGGGAUGCACCUGACCAUCCAGGACUCGCCGAACCUGCUCAAGUCGCAGAGCUUUGCGACCCACGCAUUGUAUGUGACCAAGCAGAAGGACACGGAGCCGCGGUCGGCGCACGCCCAUAAUGACUACGACCCGGGUCACCCCAUCAUCGACUUUUCCGAGUUCUUGGACGGCGACAAUCUCGAACAGGAGGAUAUCGUCGUUUGGCUGAAUCUUGGAAUGCACCACGUGCCGCACACUGGCGACAUGCCGAACACGGUAUUCACGACCGCGCAGUCGGCGUUCAUCAUCUCGCCGCACAACUAUCUCCUCAACGACGCGUCCCGAACGACGCGCCAGAUGGUCCGCAUCGAUUACAACGCCUCGGGCGUGCAGCUCGUCAAGCAGUUCGGCGCUAAUCUCCCGAGUGGCAUGCUCAACCUGACGAGCACGAACUGGGACUUCACCUCGUAUGAGGGCGACAUCAACACGAGAAAGUUCCCGUACGACCGUGAGUGUUUUUCCAGAGUUCUUUAAAGCGUGAAGCUGAUAACGAGUCUUUUGUAGCCCUGCAUCCGUACAACGACACGCAAAGCAUUGUUUAAAGUAGAGUAUCGAAUGAAUCACAGAAGUUAUGUAACUUCAAUGCAGUGUGAACAUUACCGGUGAUGAUGCUUCAUAUUCAAGUCACAGUGGCUUCUCCAGCGCUCUAGCCACCGUACUGGGCAUUCAUGUGACCUAAUUCGCGUCGAGCUGUGUAUGCUGUCCCCCUUCGUGGAUUGGCCGCGGUAGCUCGGCGGGUCAGAAUCCCGCCCUUCGUUCGCAACCAUUCCGUCGACAGAGGCGUCUCCUGGAAGUGACAACGGGCACUGUAACAUGUCUGAAGCGCUCUUCUCUUUGGAGUGUACACCGGGAGUGUAUCUGCUGCUCGGGGCCAAAGGGAUGACCUGGGAACAUGGGGCCAAGUCGCGGUCCUCUCAGGCUGUGCAACUGCGUCUUUCCGCUUUCAGGUUGCUGUGAUGCCCCUCGAUGAUGAUCUCACUGGGCUGGACCUACGCAGCGACCAUUGAUAAAUGCAGCUCCCAGGUUGCUGCGGGAGCAACAAGACCGCAAGGCGCUUCCAUGGAUCCAUCGGGGACCAGGACAGGCUGAGGACUAUCGAGAGUUG